GGACUUCCGCAGUAGUUUGUAAGAUGACGAAACGAUUGUAGGUCAGACUUGUACUGACUUCAUGAAUAUUAAGAAUGUAAAGAGGAAGGAAUCCAUCUUCUUUCAACAGCUUGACUUCUGUCUUCUGUUUGCUGCACUACGUACGGAGGAACAUCACUUUUUCUUAUCUAAUACGUGUUUUUGAUAAUAUUGAUAUUUCUUUUGUUUAUUUCAUUUUUCAUUGUUCACCAGCUGAUUGUUUGAUUGUCUCUGGAGUCACACAGAGAGAUGAGAGGAGCAGCUAUGAGUUUAACAGCAGCAUCAAGUGGAUUUGUCGUCCUCCUCCUCACUGUACCAGUGAUACAGGGUCAGAGUAACUGGAGAGUGACUUACCCUCGAAAACACAUCUGUGUCUCUAAAGGAUCAACAGUGGAAAUACACUCUGAGUACAGAUACCCACCCAGAAUAAAUGGUUACUAUACUACAGUUGAAGAAACAUUGUGGUUCACUAAAUGGAUUAAUGAUGCUGUGGAUCUGAGAACAGACUCAGACUACAGAGGUCGUGUGGAGUAUAAUUGUCGUACAGGGAACAUCUGCACUCUGACAAUCAGAGACCUGAGAGAGAGCGACUCAGCUGUGUACAAGUUCAGAUUCACAACAAACCAACCAGGUGGGAAAUAUAUAGGUGAACCUGGAGUCACUUUGUCUGUCACAGACCUCCAGGUGCUGGUGGAAAGAUCAUCAACCCAGACAGAGCUGAAGUGUCACAGCAGCUGUAAAGCAGCUGAUCCUCGUUCAUAUGUCUGGUACAAGAACGGACUGAAAAUGAAGGAGGAAACAUUUUCCCUUAGAGUCUCUGCUAAUGAUGACAACAGCUAUUCCUGUGCUCUUAAAGGACAUGAGGAUCACCGCUCCCCUCCAGUGUAUGCUCCAAAGCUUCUCUCUGUGUCAGUGAGUCCCUCUGGUGAGAUAAUGGAGGGCAGUUCAGUGAAUCUGACCUGUAGCAGUGAUGCUAACCCAGUAGCUAAUUACACCUGGUACAAGGAGAAUGACCGUGAACUUCACAGUCAACAACCACAGCUCUUCUUCUUCAGCUCCAUCCAGCCCUCUGAGUCUGGAGAGUAUUACUGUACAGCUGAGAAUGAGAUGGGGAGGAGGACAUCAGCACACGUCUUUAUUGAUGUAAAAUAUGCUCCAAAGCUUCUCUCUGUGUCAGUGAGUCCCUCUGGUGAGAUAGUGAAGGGCAGUUCAGUGAAUCUGACCUGUAGCAGUGAUGCUAACCCAGCAGCUAAUUACACCUGGUACAAGGAGAAUGAAGACUCACCAAAAGCUUCAGGACAGAUCUUCACCAUCACUGACCUCAGACCUGAACACAGUGGGAAUUAUUACUGUGAAGCCCAGAACACAAGAGGAGGUCGUAACUCCACCUUAAAUCUGACUGUUGUAGCAGGUAAAUCAGUAUUAAUGAUUAAUAUCAUCAGGUUGACUCUGGUGGUCCUGAUGCUGAUUCCACUGGUCGUCUUGAGUCUGUGGACGAGGAAGAAGAAAACUCUGAGUUUAAACUCUGAACCAAAUGAAGCUGUAAAGAUGAUGGAGGUAGACUCUUGUCCUGGUUAUGAGAACAGCACCACUGCAGCACAGACACAAGAACCAGAGGAGCAGGAAGACCUGGUGUGAAGUUACAGUCAGAUGAUGUUGAAGCAAAGGGGGGACUCACCUGGUGGAAACAGGAAGUAGAACAACAUUGAUUCCAGCUUUAAAGAUUUUUUCUGUUCGUUUUCAACUCAUGAUUUUAUUCAGCAGCUAUGAAGACAGAUAAAUUUUAAAUCUGUUCUUUUGUUGUGAUUAAUUUUCCUCAGUUUUGUCUCUAAAUGGAUGAAAUGUGCCACAGUGCAGUCAGUAUUUUUAUUAGUAUUUAUGAUGUUACUGAUAUGAAGAUGCAAAGACACAGUUUAUAUUGAAGAGGACCUUAUCUUAUAUUUGAGCUGUCAGUCUCCAGGGUCUCUCAUUAAAUCAAAAUGGAUUGUAGUUCACUAAAUUUGAAGUCUUUUCAGAAUAAAAGCCCAUCAUUGAUCGCUUGGGCAACUCUUAAUUAUAAUUGUAAGAAUUUGCUAGUGCAAUAUUUCUAAGAUUUAAUUCAGCAAUAUAAACCAAUGACAUGUCCUGAACUUAAUCUGUGUAAAAAAAACAAACAAACAAUAGUUUCAAUUAUAAAAUGUAAAAAUAAAGUACCAAAAGUAAAUUCAAAUUUGACCAAACAGUGGAUGGUGAAAUGCUUUUUCACGGCCCUGAUCCUCUGACAUUUUACUGCCCUCUACUGAUGAAGCUCCAGUGUUGCCAAUUCAGGCUUGACAAAUGUUUUCUGUUGCUGCACUGUGGUUUGGAGGUUUGGUGACUCAUUUCCUGUGAGCUGGAAUAUUUCUCCAUGGCAACAAAUCACACCUGAGGUCCUUCACAUUUCUUCCUUAUACCUUUAAAUUGUAGCUCAUUAUUUUGUUGCUUCACCUUUUGGAGGGAAUUUUUUUCUUCUCAUCUAGUUGUAGUUUCCAAAUGCUGCCAGUAGAUGUAAGUAAAGAGUUAUAUUUUAUUGAUAUUACACCAGUUCCACUGUCAGUUCCUCUUCUGUCUGUGUAUACAAUAUCUCCAUCAGGUUCUUUUUCUUCCCUGAGUUUUCUUUAACCAGUUUUUAUUAUCACAGCUGCUUUAUUGUGAGUUAUGAAUCUAUUUUUAUUCUCAUUUUCGAAUUGUUUCUAUUGCCUUACCUGCUCAUUACAAUAAUCUGUUCUUGUAUGCUCUCCUUUACAUUCGUUUUAAUCUAUUGAUAUGAAAAUGAUUUAUUUUAUCAUUAUACAUUUUUUUCUUUUUCUAUAUUUUAAUGUCAUUUACAACAUUAAUUUUCAUUGAAUGUAAUAUUUUAUUCCAUUUUAAAUCUUUCUUUGAUGUGUCUUUCUUUAAUGUUAACUUUUCUUGCAUCUGUCUUUGUGUUUUGAAGGAGACUGUUUUGCAUCUUUUUGAGACACUGAA